CGAUUUUCUAGACAGAACCAUAUAAAUACCGGGAAUGCGAAAUGAUUUUAACAGUCAGCAAAGUGCUUGAACUAUUUUAAGAGUGUGGCUCCUCAAACUUGUGAAAAUGAAGGUGCUUCUUGUACUGGCGCUCGCCAUUUUGGCAGUGGCCCAUGCCAAGGAAGAGGAGCACGACUACAUGUUCUUCCCUGAUGGUAAUGGCGAACCCCAUAUCAUUGACCUUAAGACAUCACUAAACCCCGCCGAUUUGGAAAACAUUGAACGUAGCGUGAGCAGCAUGACCUUCACUCUGUACACUAGGCAGAAUCGUGAGGGUGAGAUCAUUAUCCUGAAUAAUAGACGCAGUCUUGCGCAGAGCCAAUUUUCAGCCUCUCGUCCAACACGUAUAGUCACUCAUGGAUGGAAGUCUUCGAAAGAUUCUGAUGCCUGCACAGUAAUUGUGGAUGCCUUCCUUAAGAAAGAUGAGUACAACGUAAUCGUCGUCGACUGGAGCAAUACUGCCUCACAACUCUAUCUGGUCGCUGCCAACAGCGUCGAAAGAGUGGCUAACCGUGUCGCUAGGUUCAUCAAUUUCCUCCAGUCUGCAGGCAAUCUUAAAACCACUGACCUCAAAGUCAUCGGUCACUCUCUUGGUGGGCACAUUGCUGGUCUCUCCGCUCGUCAAGCUUCCGGAACUGUUGCUGGAGUUGUCGCUCUUGACCCGGCACUUCCGCUCUUUAGCGAUGCUGGUCCUGGUAGCAGAGUCGACGCUAGCGAUGCUAAGCACGUUCAGGUCAUUCACACCAAUGGUGGUUUGUUAGGCUUGUCCAAAGCUGUAGGAACUUCAGAUUUUUAUCCCAAUGGUGGCAGCAGCCAGCCAGGAUGUGGCCUGGAUAUUGUUGGAUCCUGUGCUCACUCCCGUGCUUAUUAUUUCUAUGCUGAGUCUAUUGGCAAUCCUUCUGGUUUCCGAGGUACUGUCGUUCGCAGCGGUUCUGCUGAUGUCUUCUUCUCUCAUGGCAGUGCUUUCAUGGGCGGAUCCAAACUCGAUCGGCAGGCUGAUGGCAGCUACUCCCUUACCACCAACCGCAAUCCUCCCUAUGCUAAAGGAUAAACAUACUAGCCACUCACGGAUUUGUCAAAAAAGUUGAUUUGACAACUUAGGAUCCACGAAUUCCACUAAAACUAAAUUCUUAUAUUAAAAUAUUAUAACACUCUAAUAAACUUGCUAUCGUAUUAUCAA